AUGUCCCCGAAGCAUUGGCAGAAACGCGUCAACGACGAUGAAGCUCGGCAUCGGGUAUCCCUAAUGACCAAACAACUGCAUCCUCACAACUAUAUCACGAGAACAAAUUGCACUGGACCGAUCAAGCCCCAUUUACGUCGGCAAGCUUUCUUAGCGCGCGCUGGUUCUAUCUGGAAACGAGUGGCUAAUGGUCAGAGGCAAACUUGUGGGAAAGACACGAAAGUCCGUUCACCGGUGCUCAGUCCAGUCGAACCAACAAAACUUUAG